AAAUUUAAAUACAUUCAUAUUUAUUAUUAUUAUUAGAUUUUGUGGGGAGGUAUUAAAUGACAAUCUUUCUCAUUCUCACCGACAAAAUUUUCUUGGCUAUUUUCUUGUUCUCUCUCUCUCAAUUCUCUCUUAUCUUCCAUUUCCUACUAACUCUCUCACCAUGGACAAACGCAGAAGGAAGCAACUCAAGACAUCCCACCACUGUUGUGGCUCUGAAGAGGUGAGCAGCAUUGAGUGGGAAUUCAUAAACAUGACUGAACAAGAAGAAGAUCUGAUAUGUAGAAUGUACAAGCUUGUUGGAGAAAGGUGGGGAUUGAUAGCUGGCAGAAUUCCGGGGAGGAAAGCAGAAGAAAUAGAAAGGUUUUGGGUAAUGAGACAUAGUGAAGGCUUUGCCCACAGACGAAAAGAGUUACUUUUAAAGAACAAGAAGUCUCUAAAUAUAUCUUCUUAAAAGCUUUUCCCAAAUGUAUUUCACAAACUCUCUCUCUCUCUCUCUCUCUCUCUCUCUCUCUAUUUAUUUUGGAAAAACAAAUCAGUGUUAAUUUUGAAAAAUAAUUAUAGAUUCAUGAUAAACUUUAUACACUUUUGUGUGGAGGUAGGAAUGGAACCCUCAUUCGGUCCAAACAAGUCUUUGAUCUUUCAGCAGUCACCUGAAAUAGAAAUUAAACUCCCGUGGUGUUGGAAUUAGCACUUCGACGAAUAAAUUAGCUCUUGUAGAAAGGUUGGUCUUUUUAGGUUUCUUGGGGUUUAAGUUUUUUAGCACCUACCUUCUUCUUCAGCCUCUCAUCUCCUUUUAUAGAGUCACUUUUCUCGAUUUUUACUCCAUGCAGCCUAACCUUCCAUCAUUAUCUUGACAGUGCCCAUUCCCUUGAUGUAUUUCCUCAAAAGGGACAUUCUAAUCCCACAACAUGGGUCCAUGCCAACUUUCCUGAGGUAUUCGGCUCUUAAAUUUGGCACAAGUACCCCUUAUUCGGUGCUCUUGACGCUUUUAUGCUCAAUCGGAUAUUUAUUCGGCAAAUAUGCAGUGCGGUGGGCUAGCUUGGCCUUUUAGGCGCACUUUAAAUGGGCUUUGGCGUUGUUUGGCCUGGCCUACAAUUAUUCGGCUCCCCACAACUUUAAUAAUUAAAGUUAUAAACUUUUUCAUGCCUUUAUAAUUAUUUCAAAAUAGUACCACUGAUUUGUAAAUUCCUCUUUUUCUUUCUCUUUUUCCUCUUCUAAUUUGUUAUUAGAAUUAGAACAAGUGUUUGUUAAAGUGAACUAGAUGGGCUUAUUCAUUUUGUUGCAA